UUUCUUUUUUUAAAAGCUGAUUAUCCGUCGUUCCGUUUUGUGUUUUCUUCUGCACACAAGUUUGAAAUAUUGUACUUUUGUCGGAAGGCAGGUUUGACGUCAUGAAGUUGCUGCUUUUACCCCUUUUAAUGUCUUUUUUCGCCCUCGCUCAAGUUUUUUGCGAGCAGAACGACCCAAAAGAAGAAGGUGAAUAUUGGACGAGCAGCAGCCACAUUCAGGACGGCUGGUACUCUAAUGACCCCAUAAGAGAGAUCUUACUGAGGAUGACAAGAAAGCCACGGCCGCAUCAGUUCAUUGGUUUAAUGGGGAAGCGUUCCAUGGCAAAUGCACAGAUCACUCGAAAAAGACAUAAAAUCAACGCUUUUGUUGGACUGAUGGGCAAACGGAGCCAAGAGGAGCCAGAUUCCGACGAGUGGAGCACAAUACAGACAUACGACAGACGUCGCUAAACGCCAUCUUCUCAUCCAGCUGCUCCUCAUCCCGCUCAUUCAGUUGUUUUGUUUUCUCCAAACUGUGUGUAGCUGUUAGUCCAAUGGAAAAAAAAUCACAUUCCAUAUUUUUGUGGUGUAGCCGUGCUGUUAGCUGUGCCAUAUGAUCUGUCCCAGCAGAGGGCAAAAGUGAUGUCAUGAUCCGUGUUUACUGUUUACAAGAUGUUUCCCACGAUCACCACAAAGACAAAACACUGCCGUUGACUGUGAAGCUGAAACACGUGCAACGCUAAUGUGCCUGAUGUACGUGUUUCAAUCCAGCCUGAGAGACCCAUGCGCGGGCGCGCCCUCAUGUCAACUGUGAUCUCACUGUACACUCCUGUAACCUGACACAAGUUUAACAAACAUUAAAAUUAUUUUCUUUACUGUACAAA